CUUGUCCUGGGAACCUCCGUCCCGGGGCUCUCCCCGAGGGGUUCCCGCCGGGCGCUCCCCGCCGCCAGCCUCCCGGAGUGCCUGAAGCUUUGCUAUCCCCCGCCCGCCGAGGGCCCGGCGCUCCGCAGGGGCGCGAUGAGCGUGGCGGCGACCCCGCGCUGCUCGAGGCUGCCAAACCCCCAUGUCUCAUCCAGAUAUGCUGAUUGCCAGUCUCCAAACCACGAGGACUUUACUCCUCUGCCUUCUAUCAGUGAGCGCUUGGCCCGUCUCCAUCCUUCCCGGGAGCUGCUGGAAUAUUACCGCAAGAAGAUUGCUGACUUUGAUGAGGAACAGGAGGAUUUGGUAAAAAGGCUGGAGAGGUACAAAGAAACGUAUGAUGAUCAGCACAAGUUGCAAUGGGAAGUCCGUCAGCUGGAAGAGGAGAUUUCUAAGUUGCAGAAGGCUUUGAGUGAUAUGCAAGUCUACCUCUUCCAGGAGAGGGAACACGUCCUUCGUCUUCACUCGGAGAAUGACCGGCUGAAAAUCAGGGAAUUGGAGGACAGAAAAAAAAUUCAACAUCUCCUGACUGUAAUGGGAGCAGAUGAAGAAGUUACAUAUUUUCACAAGGAGCCUCCACAUAAGGUUACUGUUCUGCAAAGGCCAGCAGAGUCAUGUGAACAAGACGAUGCUUCUAGCCCAGUAGGUACCGAGAGGAGCACCUCAAAAGAAACAGCACAAAGAGAAAAAACAGAAAGUCCUGAGAGAUACCAGAGUGAUAGUCAAACACUUCUACUACAGGUCCAGGCCUUGCAAGCUCAGAUAGAAGAACAGACACGAUUAUCCAAGGAACAGAUCGAGGCACUGCUAGAGGACAGGCGGAUUCACAUGGAAGAAGCCGAGGUCCAGCAUCAGAGGGACCAGGAGAAGAUCAAAGCUGUAACAGAUAAGCUCCAAAAGACCCAAAAUCUCUUAUAUGAGAGUACUCGUGACUAUCUCCAGCUCAAGUUUGAUGCCAGAGCCAAUGAGAAAGCGUGGAUGGCAGAGAAGGACUGUCUCUUGAGGCAACUUGGCAAAAAUCUGGAUCAGCUUGUGUUCAGCACUGAGACAGGACAAAAGAAGCAUAAAGGUACCAAGAAGGUGCUUCGAACAGAUGAUGGAGCUUCAAAACUCCAAAGCAAAGAAAUAAAGUCACUGCAGGAAAAGCUGAUGCAGGAACAACACCUAUCACACAUGUACAGAGAGCAGUGUGUCACCCUGGAAGGUGAGCUGGCUAGGAUUCGUGAGGAGAGAGAUGCUGGCAAAGAACUCUUUAAGGAACGCUCAGAAAAGAUGGGGAAGCGCCUGAAGCUGAUGACUCAGCGAUGUGAGGCCCUGGAACAACGUCGUAAUAUGGAAGUAGAAGGCUUCAAGAAUGACAUUAAACAGCUUCAGCAGAAACUGAAAGAUGUAGAGAGGCAGAUUUACAAGGUGACUCUGAAUAUGGGACCAGGCCAGGAUAUUGCAGUUCUACGCGAGGUCCGCCAAGGAAACAGACUAACACGUAAAAUUCAAGGAGAGCUAAAAGACUUAAAAGCAAAAAUCUACUGUUUAGAGAAUGAGCUACGGAUCUGCUGAAGCUGAACUGUUAGCUGACAUCCUAGUUUUAGGAAUGAGACACUGCUAAGUGGAAUGCAAGAGCAGCUCCUGCUUGUCUGUUUCCUGGCAUCCAUCCACAGAAGGUUUGAGGACAUCUGCAGUUAAUGUCAUAACAGCAUACAUGAGCCGUUCCCAGAGUCCAGAUUAUAAGGCUGUUUCAGCUGAGAGAUGGCACCUGAUAAGACUGACACAGAGAGUACAUGAUGACUGAUAUAUCAGGAGUGUGUGUAUGACUUAUUUUUUCCUUCAUAACUGUGGUAGGGAUCAGUGUAUCCUGGCCUUCAUCUUUAUUUGGAGCGUAUGAUAAACCAUAUACGUAGUUAUAAUGAAAUUAAUAAUCAUAGAAGGAUCUAGUUCAGGAUCUGAAUUUUGGCUGACCUUUUCCCAUGUGAAAAGCAGCUUUUAAAAUAGUUUAAAUGAUUACCUCUUUGAUGCUUAGUGCUUCAGGAUGUAACUGGAAAUUUUCUUUGGAAAAGACCACAUAUAGAAGUCUGUACUAAAAUGUAUUACAUCUAACUCUCCCCUUGACAGCGUAACUACUUUAAAAUGGCUCCCCUUUGCUUGGUUCUACCUAAUUGGAACAAACCUGACUGAUUUAAUAUGGUUGGAAAAGAUAACUCAUUUUAGAACUCAUCUGCAAGAAGCAGCAGCAUAGAACUUGUUUUGAAUGCUUGGUGGGAAGUUUCAUCUUCUUGUCCCCUUCCUCCCAGUGUAUCUUAACACGCAGAGGGUGCCCAUAAUAUAAGGGGUCCAGUGUCUUCCUUACCACCACAUUAUCUGCUGUUGUAGCUCUAAACAAUAUCAUGGUUAUGUACAAAGAAAUUGUUAUCAACUUCUGCUACAGCACUUGUUGCUACUGAACUGCAACAAACUGGGGCGGAAGAGCAGGUGCCUAGUUGCUACAUGAGAGCUAUAACUCUUGCUAUGUAAUGAUUCUCCAGCCAUAUGAUGAUUAUCUCCAUACCAGACAUCACGACAUCGCAAUUCCAGAAAACAGAUGGAAUCAUGAAAAGGGUUACAAUGGGGCUUCAGCCAAGUUCAUAAUUGCAGGCAUUCAUGCUUUUAGUGUUGCAUCAGCAAAUCUUGUCCACCUUGUAGCCGGAGAGCAGAUCUGUGUUGGGAAAGGGAUUUCCAUGCCUCUGUUUCCUACUUUACCUUUUCCUACCUUGUUUCUGAAGUAUACACCUUACAGGCUACCAGCACUUCCUUUCCCAUUGAAAUGAAUUUGGUGUGUGAAAGCAGGCAAUUUCUUUUUGACAUGGAAGUGACCAUGGAGAUCCUCAUUCAGUGUCUGAGAGGUAAAUAUGCUAAAGAUGUUCUUGUGCUGUCAGGAUCUGGAGAAGGAAGAAUUGUUUCUAUAGCACCAGCUAAAGGAAUGCGGGAGGGGAAAUUUCCCUAAAGAAGUCAAGACUUCCUUCAGCUGUCUAACCUACUUGUGACAAGCUUGCUGUCCCGUAGGGUCCUGUACUGUGGCUUUUAUUUUGUCUGUGUUCUUGAGGUCAGUUCAUCAUGGAUUUUCUGGUGCUGCCCAGCACUGCAGCUUACAAGAGGCUGUUUUAGGGUAUGUUGCACUGGUUAGUUGAGCUGAAAAUGCUGAACUGUUCAGAAACUGUUUCUUAAACAACUUGGGUGCCAAUGCGGUGUGGACAGUUGAGGAAGGUUAUUUAAUGCUAUCCAGCUUUUAGUCUCACUCUCAGUUGACUAGUACCUUCUCAGAGAAGUCAAGCUAAUUAAAGUGAGUUUGUAUGUGAAAUAACAUACUGCUGUUUUGAAGAUUAGAUAUCAGAGUUAUCUCAGGUCCUCAAAGGCUGCUUUAGAAAAUUGAUACAUAAUGAAGUAUUAGCCACUUACUCAGCAGGAUCCAUCUACUUAAACUCAGCUGAUGGGAAACUACCAAAAAGUCUCUUUAUCCUAUAGAAAUCAGUGGGUUCCUGUUUAGUUUCAACUCUUCCAAGCUAAAGAAUUGCCUUUGAAAUUACAUUUUGCUCACUUCAAAACCAUGAAGUUUGAAUGGAUAAAGACUUCAGGCUUUGACAAUUUGGUUUGUGAGACUGGGAGGAAGUAUUGGGGGAAGAAGGAUGUAAAUGUUUGAUUUCCUGCCUUCCUUACCACUAUUCUUUACUACCUGAAAGACUGAACAGAAUAAAAUUACAACAUUUCUAGUAUAUUUGCUGAUGUGUCAAAACCAAAGUGCAGCUUGAACUUGAUUCCUAAUUUGUUUCUAGCCUAUGAACACUUCCUAUUUGAGGGGUAGGGGAAUUAUGAUAUUGCUACUCAGUAAAUCCAUUUUAUUUGGAGGUUUGAAUAUUUGUCCAAGUGCAGGAAGUGAAAAGUAUUGUACGUGCUCUUUGUGUGACAUCAUGUGAUCAUGUGAAAUGUUGCCAAAAAAAAUGUGGAACUUCGUGCCAAGAACUGCUUUAAAAAGCUAAAUGCUUCCUACCACUGACAAGUACCCUUUAAGAUGUCCAUAAAGAAUUACUGGCAUUUUCAAAAGGGUUUCCUGGGAGAGGUUCCACUACCUGGUUUAGUCAAUUUUUUCCCACGGUUUUUGGGUAGAAAUCAAAAAAUAGCAUUUAGUCCAAAGACCAGUGAGCUUUUUUUUUGCUAUUUUAAGUUAGUAAUGUGUGACUUGUAUCGUUCCAAUCCAGCUAAAUGCCAGGCUGGGAAUGUAGGAGCACAGAAUUUUGAAAGAUCUCCAAAAUAGCUGCUUCUAAGAAUAUGGAGACUAUACUACAGGACUGAAGGUUAGAACUGGACAAAUGCUCUUAUUGUGAGCCAAGAUACAUGAAAAUGUCUCUUGCACAAAUAGGUGAAAAAUGAAUAGAGGAAAACCUUAUUGUUGUGCGGCUUUAUUUAGGUACGGAAGGAGCGCAUACGUUUUGGAAGGAAUGUUGGAAUAUUGGCUAAGGCACAGAACCACAGAUGAUUCAGUGGUAGAGAAAAGGUUGUGCAAGAGCUCGUUUUGUAUUACACUAAGAAGCCUGAUUAAUGUAGGUGUUUCUUGAAGACAAAAAAAAUCUACCCAAGGCCUCUCUAUCCUAGCAGAGCAAUGCUGAGCAAGAACAAGUAGCCUGAAUCUGAAGUAAACUUUAAAAAGUGUACAUUUUAACAGGAAGAUUGUGCUUUCCCCCCUCAUUGUAACAAACUAGUUAUGGAGGGAACAAAUUCUCCAUCUCUAUCUUCAAAUCAGAAAAUUAUUCCACCUCUGGAGAAGGUAGCUUGUUUUAAUAAGUUCCUGGGUUUGACACAUUAGAACUUAAUGAAAUAUAAUGACAUGAACUAACAGGAAAUUAUUUAGUGGUUCCUUCUGGCUUCAAACUUAUGAUGUAUUUAUAUGCAAUAUUUGUAGGAGUUUUUUAGUAUUCAUGCAGUUGCCUUAAUUAUAGGAAUGUCUGCUGUGUCAGCUAACCCUACACAGCAAGGUUACACCAGGUAAAAAAACCAACCCAAAAUUAAAGAAAAUCCCUUGCGAUCAUCCUGUACCACAAUCUGCAGUCAUUUGUGACUGCACUUAGAAAAGCAGAUUAACAGUUCUCAUGGGUGUCAGAAUAAAUCUAAACAGUAGUAUAGUAUGUGCUGUAUUUAAAUUGCCUCUAUAAGUAGGAGUAUCAGUUCAGAAACACACACACUUUAGCAGUAUGGAUGGACUCUCCAGGCAGCCUGAUAUUCUGGAAUUGAAAUGUCUCUGUAUGUAGGGCAGGAAGUAAUUCUUUGAUAACUAGAUAUUACUUCUGAAACUAGUUGGGAACCACAUGCCUGUAUACCUUGUUCUGGUAGAUCUGUUCAUACUCAUGAAAAGUGAUGUCGUUCAGACUUUUAAUGACAACUCACAAACACAUUCAGUUUGAUACACUAGAAUGUGUUUGUGCCUACUUGGUCGAAAUCUUAAUAAAGAUGUCCCAUUUGUCCCCUUUCCAAGUGGCAUCACAGGUCAUUUGUAGUCAAGGAACAGUUUAAGAUUUUUCUUUAAUUUUUCUGCAGUAUUUUGCAUUUAUGUUCUCAAGUUGCUCUAAACUGUAAGAAAAUAUCUCUUUUACUCCCUACACAGUUAUUCUUAAAUUUGCAAGUCUAGCUGUACAAGUAUAUACAUUUUUUAGCCUGUCAACUGGGAUUAUGCACCAAAACAUGAUUGAAUACAGUGUAGAAAGUGUGAGAGGUGGCAGCUGCGAUGAUCACUUCUGGCUCUUCAUAAGAUUUUAGGCACAAAGAGCAAAGUUUGUUUUGCUUCUUAGGUUGCAUCAAAUGUUAAGGACUUUUAAACUGGCCAUGAGAGGUAACUGGAAUUUAACUCACUAACAGGAAACAUUUCUGCUGUGACUAAGUAUUUGAGAAGAGUGGAGUGGACUUCUGGUAUUUCCCAUUUAGCACCAAAUGAACUGUUGGAGAAAGGGCAUCUUUGAAUAUGGGUUAGGGUGGCUGCCCUUCAAGUAAGCUCCAGAAAUACAGCUUUAAAACCAGAGCCCUCAAUGGGGUUGACUGUUCACUUACGCUGACUAAAUUGCAUUUUUUAAGAAUUGCGAUGCUGUUGGACUGGGGACAGAUUACAAAUGUGUAAAUACAGAUUAUUUGGUUUUAUUCAGAAAACUCAGGCUUUUAACACAGAAGUGCUUCAAUGUUAAAGCAAGACAAUGAUUUUACUGCACAGGCAUGAGGGGAUUUGUUGUUGAAAUAGGUUUGAUUUUAAUAAAAAGCUCUGGAUUUACCCUGGUGAAGCACGUCCAGGAGGUGCUCAAUUCUCCUGUAUUUAUUCAGAGAUUGAAUUGCCUUUCUUUCACUCUAAGUCCUUCUAAACCAUCCAGUAAAACAGUUUUUCCUCUUCAGUCCUAGCUUGGAUAGACAGAUAUCUGCAGGGAGUGUUGUUCAUCAACCAUGUUCUGUAAUGGCCCUAAUAACAUGACUGUGGAACUUCUUGAAAAGUAAGGAUCAUGAGCACAGUCACCUUAAAAUACAAAACAAGUACUAGGACUUCUAAGACAGGGAAAGGAGGAGAUUUAGCCAAGACUUCAGUUUUGAAAGCAUGUAUUUCCCAAAUGGUGGAAUACAUAGAUACAUCUUUCAUUAUGGUAAAUAUAUAAACCCUGGAAAGUUUUAAAAGUUCUCAGCUUAAAGUAUAUAAAAACUUUUUUCUGCAAGUGAAAACAUAUGCUCUAGAUAUCAAGAGCUUGUUCUGGUGUGCAGAAGGUAAUUCAGAUCUACUCCUGGGGCAGGACCUGCAAUCAGAAGGUGCUCCUAGAGGUACUGGCUGAAGUUCAUGUGAAAAUGCGCCCUUCUUACUGAGGAAAAGGAAGGGCAGCCAUUUCUAUGUAAGUUUAUCUGGACAGUUAGGGCUUGAAACCUCUGGAGAGUUAACAGUGAAAAGAGAGAAUCAUGAAUGAGGCUUUCCACCCAGACGGGCAAGUUGUAGGAGAGCAAUGUCAGUCAAAGUCAGCACUGAGGGAGCACAGCAAUGUGUACAGCAAAAGGAAGUCUCAAAACCCAACUCAGACCAGCUCAUACAAAUGUUGGCAGUAUAACAGCACUGGUAAAAUGUAACUAGGUUAGCGAAACUCACUGUAUCAGCACAACUUAA